AUGGGUCAAUUACUUGCGUGGAACACCAUACUGACGAUUGAGGACUACUACUACGAGAUUUUCCCUGUGGACUUGGCAAGCAAAGGAAAGGGAGGAUUAAUCCCUUUUGUCCUUUUGUGUUCCGUAGUGGCGGGUUUCGGGGUAGCAAACGCUCUUGUUGAAGGCGCCAUGAUCGGGGAACUUUCCAACAUAUGCCCCGAUCUGAUCCAGCCCUUUGCCGCAGGUCUUGGCAUAGCAGGAGUGACUACUUCUGUGUUGAGGCUGCUUACCAAAGCAGUUUUUCAGAAUUCUCCUGACGGCCUUAGGAAAGGCGCAUUAGUAUUUUUGGCGAUUUCCUUUAUAGUUGAGCUCAUGUCUGUGGUCAUUUACGGAUGCUUGUUCCCAAAACUAUCGGUAGUGAAAAACUAUCGUGCAUCUGUAUCAAACGAGACGGCUGAGGAAUCGCGAGUCCCACAUGUAGACAAGUUAGAACUGGCGCAAGACAACAUAGAUAAAGUCAUCAGUCUUUUCGCUACUUAUGCACUGACGCUGUCAAUCUUUCCCGGGUUUCUCUAUGAGAAUACAGGAAAGCAUACUUCUUGGUAUCCUCUUCUCCUCAUUACAUGUUUCAAUGUAUGUGAUGCUCUCUCGAGGUAUAUAGUCCUGAUCAACCGACUUAAGAUGGAAUCGGGGAAGUGGAUUAUUGUCUGCGUCGUUAGUCGUGUGUUGCUGGUGCCUGCCUUCUAUUUCACCGCUAAGUACUCCGGUCAAGGUUGGAUGAUCUUCCUAACAUCCUUUCUAGGCAUAUCCAACGGUUAUCUAACCGUAUGCACUCUCACCGGCACAUCAAAGAGAACCUAUAACGCAUCAGAAGCCAACGCUUUAGGGAACAUGCUUGUAGGGUCGAUGCUAAGCGGCAUUUUCGCAGGCAUUUGCCUUUCCUGGCUGUGGCUUAUCGGCAGCAAGAUCUCGUUUUAG